AUGGAGCGAUUUGUUGAAGUGGUUACGCUGAGUGACAGCGACGACGAGAUUGAAGUGUUGCUGAAUGCCAGAGUGGAGCAGCCGCGCGUUGUUAGUGCAACAAUCUCAGUUGUUCGGGAGACACCUCUGGACCUCUCGCUUCUUCAGCGCGCUCCAAGGCCAGCAUCUGCAACAGUGUCCAGGUUGAAUUCAAGAAAUAAAUCACCGGUGUCAGCCAGGAAACGGAAGAUUCAGUUGUCAGCGUCCGAUAAACCACAAAGUUCGGUUCCUCGCAACCGCAGCGCAACCCGUGCGCGACAGGCAUCAGUUGAUACGACACUGGCAAAGGUUGGCCAUUAG